AGGCUGAGAGGAAUUCGCCUCUCAGCAUGCGCCUUUUUCUUCUUUGGUUACUAUUUUUUUCGGUUUUUCUCUUAUCGUGCUCCGAAUCUCUAUCUCCACUCUCACAGCGGGAUCGAUCGAAUUCCGAUCCACACAUUGCGAGAUCGGGACGACCUUUCAGCUUUCAAUGUGGCCCGGGUCUAG